AUGCGCUCAUCUUGGUUCCUCGUUUCUCUCCUAGCGGCUCUGACUACCGCUGAUGAGCCCAGCACAACAACCGUCAGCUAUUUCGGAAUUGACAAUCCCUACGGCGCCAAUAUCGGCGCCUACUCCAGCAUCGCAGCCCGAGUUGCUGGCAUCGACAAGUACGCCACGACCUAUGAGAUCGCCUGCAUGGCAGGCGCAUCCAAGUGCGCACUGAACCGCCCCGCAACCCUGAUCCAGGGCGAUGCGACUUACAGCGUCUCCCUGGAAGUGACUGUCGUGACCAAGGGUGCGACUGCUCAAGCGACCGCAGUCGAGUCAUGCAGUUUCACCCGCCUUUCUGAAUCUGCUCGUUGCACGUGGAAGUAUGAGUACACUGCCUCCGAGGGUGAUCACACCAUUUCCGAUUCCACCUCGAGCACACAAUCCAUCCCGUCGUAUUCGGUUAUUUAUCACCCUCUUACUGUCACCGAUGGUAUCUACGCUUUCAAGGCUAAUGCGACGGGUUCGACUACACCGGUGAAGAUUACUCCUACUGCUUCUACUGCUGGUGCUGCGGCUGCUGCCAAGCCUCUGAUCACUGCUGCACCGUUGGGCGCUGUUGCUGCUGCUGCUGCUUUUGCGGCUAUGCUCUAG